AUGGCGAUUGAACGUAUUAUCAUGGCAACACUCAUUGCCACUAGCCUGAUUUCCAUGGCCAGUGCCAUUCCUGGAACUGCAACUUUCUACACUACUUAUGUUCCAUCGGCAUGCUAUGGAUUUGAAGACCGAGGUACAAUGAUAGCAGCAGCAAAUCCUUCAUUAUACAACAAUGGAGGAGCAUGUGGACAAAGGUUUCUGAGUCCACUUUCAAUUGUUCCUUUGGUUUCUCUUGUUGGUUUCGGGCUCUAUGAGUUUGGGUUCCCUAGGGUGCCUUUUUCGCUGUCUCAAGAUAUGCCAUGCAACCCCAAUGCCACCAUCUAUUCUCAGCCGUGGUGUAGGUUGGCAGUUCAAGAUCAGAAUGAUGGUUAUUACCCUUCAAACUGUGAGUCGAGCAAUCCUUACGAUCAAAGAAAGAUCUUAGAUUUGAUUAGUCGAAUACAACAAAGUUGGCCAAUGCUUGCCUGCCCGAGCAACAGUGGUUCAUCAUUUUGGUCACAUGCAUGGGAAAAGCAUGGCACGUGUUCAGAAUCUGUGCUGGACCAACAUGGCUACUUCAAAAGUGCCCUUAACCUCAAAUCUCAAAUUAUACCAGAUUUACAUCCGUGUGGACAAUUCUGGUUCAAGCCUAAUUGA